UAGCGCUGGGAGCACACACACACACACACACACACACUCAGUGAGAGAGAGAGAGGACGCGGUGUGCCCGUGCACUGUGUGAGUCGGCUGCGCAGCUCCUGUGCGCACUCCAGCAGCAAGCACCCUGGCAUUACAGCGAGAGAGGAGGCCAGGCGGCUCACAACUGAACGAAAAGUAACCAGCUCAGCCCGGCAGCGGCCCCGGCACCCCCAGCAUGGCUUCCGAGGAACUCUAUGAGGUUGAACGAAUUGUUGACAAAAGGAAAAAUAAAAAAGGAAAAGUAGAAUACUUGGUACACUGGAAAGGAUAUGACAGUGGUGAUGAUACUUGGGAACCAGAGCAGCAUUUGGUUAACUGUGAGGAAUAUAUCCAUGAAUUCAACCGAAGACACAAUGAAAAGCCAAAAGACAACAGUACAAUAACAAGAGCAAACAGGACAUCUCCAAAUAAUGCCAGAAAACAAAUUUCUAGGUCAACCCAUAGUUCAUUUUCAAAGACUUCUCCAAAGUCGUUGACAUUUGGUAAAGACAAUGACUCAAAAAAUAACCAACUUCUUAGUAUUAGUCCAAAAUUACGCAAGAGUCCUUCUCAAGCUAUUCCAGUAAGAAAAAACAUGGACCUUUCUAGAUCUGGUAUUAAAAUACUUGUGCCUAAAAGUCCAAUUAAAAGUAGGAUCUCUGUUGAUGGCUUUCAAAAUGACAGUACGGAAAAAUUAAAUCAUAUGGAACAAGAACAAGACUCUGUAGCGCCUGAGGUAACAGCUGAGAAACCAGUAGGUGCUUUACUAGGACCUGGUGCUGAAAGAGCUCGAAUGGGAAGCAGGCCAAGACCACAGUCAUUAGUACCACAAAUUCAUAUGCCACUGACCGUGACUGCAUCAUCCGCUUUAGCGAUAAAUGGAAAAGGUACUUCUACUUUCAUGGAAGCUCUCACAGCCAACGGUACCAGCAAUAUACAGACCUCAGUGACCGCAGUAACAGGCAAAAGGAGAUUCAUUGAUGACCGAAGAGAUCAACCCUUUGAUAAGAGGCUACGCUUCAGUGUGAGACAAACAGAAAGUGCUUAUCGGUAUAGAGACAUCGUUGUCAGGAAACAAGAUGGAUUCACGCACAUUUUACUCUCCACAAAAUCAUCUGAGAAUAAUUCCCUGAAUCCAGAGGUCAUGAAGGAAGUACAAGGGGCACUAAACACCGCAGCUGCAGAUGACAGCAAACUUGUACUUUUCAGCGCAGUUGGUAGUGUGUUCUGCUGCGGUCUUGAUUUUAUAUAUUUUAUACGGCGUUUGACAGAUGAUAGAAAAAGGGAAAGCACUAAAAUGGCAGAAGCCAUUAGGACGUUUGUGAAUACCUUUAUUCAGUUUAAGAAGCCAAUUAUUGUAGCUGUGAAUGGGCCUGCUAUUGGACUUGGAGCAUCGAUACUGCCUUUAUGUGAUGUAAUUUGGGCUAAUGAAAAAGCCUGGUUUCAAACACCCUACACAACAUUUGGCCAAAGCCCUGAUGGAUGUUCAACUGUUAUGUUUCCUAAGAUAAUGGGCCUUGCAUCUGCAAAUGAAAUGUUGUUCAGCGGGCGAAAGUUGACUGCGCAAGAAGCAUGUGCAAAAGGACUUGUUUCCCAAGUGUUCUGGCCUGGAACUUUCACACAAGAAGUGAUGGUUCGCAUAAAAGAACUUGUAACCUGCAAUCCAGUAGUACUUGAAGAAUCCAAAGGUUUAGUUCGUAAUAUCAUGAGGGAAGAACUGGAGCAAACUAAUGAAAGGGAAUGUGAAGUACUCAAGAAAAUCUGGGGAUCUGCUCAAGGGAUGGACUCCAUGUUAAAAUACUUACAAAGGAAAAUUGAUGAAUUCUAAAUAUUACCCUGUGGAUUUUCUCAUAGACUAGCACUGAAAAUCUCUUUUUUGGACACUUUUUAAAUGUGACCUGUAGCUGAAAAUAUGAUUUGUGUCAUGUUUUUGAACAAAUAUCUACAACCUUGCCAUGACUACAAAGCAUAUAAAGACAUGGAGUGUCAUAGCAAUCCAGGACUUGAAAUUUCGGCAUGUACUGUAAUGAAAGAAAACGGCAAUGAAGAACAUUGUGUGUUCCAGUGAAGCCUGGGAUAUGUUUUUUUUUUUGUUUUUGUUUUUGUUAAUUUUUUUAUUUUAUUUUUUUUGUAUUGUUUAUAAAAUAUUUAAAAGAAGAAGAAAAAAAAACGGGUAUCAGCCAGCCCUACAUUUAUUGCCCAACCAGUUUAGUUUGAGGCAAUGCUUUAUUUCAGAAAGGUUAAAAUACCUCAAACAUAUUAACUUUUUUAAAUAAAAGAAUAAAACUAAAUUCAAACAUAACUCUUGGUAAUGCAUUUUAAUAAUCCAAACAAAUAUGUAUACAUGUGUUCAGGACAUGUGAUGUAAAGAAAGUUAAGUGAAGAAAGUGCUUCACAUUCUGUUCGAAAUGUGUAGUUUGUACAUUGUUCACAUGAAGAAACCACUGUCAGAGAGGGCCUUAUCUUUUUUGUGUUUAUAUAUAUAUAUUUUUUGUGAUGCAGUAUUAGUAAGUCACUGAUCAUCCUUUUAUAGGUGAGGUUCCUUCAUCCUACCAAGGAAAUUUGAUUUUUAAUAUCUAAUUUAGUUCGUUGAGAACACAAUGUAGUUGUUUGCUGGAUUAAUGUAUUACACCAAAAACUAUUUUAUGUUUAUACUUGUAUAAAUUUUAGUUUUCACUAGAAUGUUUUAUUUAAUAAGUUAAUUUUGGUACACUAUUAAAUUACAAUGUACCCAAGCAAAAACUACCUUUUGGUUAGAAGUGUAUUAUUUUGCUGUAUUUUGGGGAGGGUUGUUUUUGUGCAAAACUAUAUGAAUUAUUUCUUCUCUCUAUUUCUCUGUCUCUCGUUCUCUUCUCUCUAUCUCCUCACUCUCAUCUCAUUACUUUUUGAUAAUGUAUAGUGUAGAAAAUGUUCUUGUAAAUACAAAUAUUAUUCCAUUCCUCUUUGGAGUGUUAAUUGACUUGUGACUGCAGAUACAUUCUAAAUGAGAUAUCUGUGCUUGCAAUCUUGUUGAAUGUAUGAAGCAUAGUAAACAAUUAUUUUUGUACAGUUUUUAAAUUUUUACGUCAAACUGACCAUCUCCUUUUGGUGGAGAGUAGCACCCUACAUAAAUCUGCCUUUAGUAUUUUUGCAUUCUGGACAUACACUUUUGUUCUGAAAAGAUAUAUGUAUAAAUAUAUAUAAACUGUACAGUCUGUAAAGUUUUAUAAAAUAUACAGCUGUGAAAUUGGCUAAAAUAAAAACUAAUAUUUCUUAACAUUCUUUAAA